AUGGAUAUGAAGAAGAAUCUUGACUCAAAAGAAUGGCUAAGACUGAAGGUUGCCGUCCCUAGUGCGAAGUUAGCUCGCUACUGGGACGCAUUGAGCAUCGCAGAGAACUGUAACGCUGUUCAAAUUGAGCGUCCGACACUUACAUCCGAGUUAGCUCCAGUCCGGACAAUUUCGGACGAGGAAGCUGUAGCAUUCGGGUCGUCUGUGCUGACGGCAGUUGCGGUGCAAAUGUGGGAGAACAUUAAAAGAAGAAGCGAGUGGCGACCGGAAGUUGCCCAUAAAAGUCUCGAAGUUCUCAACAAAGUGGGAGAAAGUCUGUACCAGCAGUGGGGCAGCGAGGCGACGAGAAUGACAACCGAGGCGUUAGCGCGAAUGUCCACGCAGAUUGACGCAGCAGUCAGGCAGAGGAUGUCUGAUUACACAGUGGGAAAGCCCCCCAAAUGGGUUUCUGACGUGUGGGAGCCCAUGCAGGAACCGCCGUUGUGGAAAAAGUGUUGGAGAGUCGGCUACAGAUCUGUGCUCCCCAAGGCUCUAGAUGCCUACGGGUUGUUUUUGGUACUUGAACCGUUUUUACAGGCAAGCCGGCUACUGCCAGCCGAGUAA